GUUAGAUUCACUAAUAAAAGUUAAUAACACUAACGCGUCACGUGCGUGCAAGAGCAUUUAAUUUUGUACGCAUACCACGAAUGCAAACAAUAAAUACGUGUUAAAAUUUAUGCAAGAAAGUUUGAAAGUUUAAAAUUCCUUUUAUUCAACGUUCUAUUAAUUCAUUAGAGAAAAGAUGUUGCAACAAACAAUGCAAACUUUAACAGCAGGCAGAAUUGUCUUAGCUAGUGGAUCUCCAAGACGCUAUGAAAUAAUUAAAAAAUUGGGUAUAAAUGUGGAAGUAGUGGCCUCUGUGUAUGAUGAGAAUUUGGACCGAUGUGCAUAUAAAAAUAAUGGAGAAUAUGUUCAAGAUCUAGCAAAGUAUAAAGUACAAGAAGUGUACGACAGAUUAAAAGGAGAUCCUGUGCCACCUUCUUUAAUAAUUGGUGCAGACACUUUGGUCGCAAUGGGUGAUACUAUUUAUGGCAAACCAAAGAAUGAGUCGCAGGCCUUUGAAAUGUUGUCAAGUUUAGCAAAUAAAGAACAUACAGUUUACACAGGAGUGUGUUUAAAAACACCCAAAAAAGAAAUAAAUUUCUAUGAGUCUGCAAAGGUAAAAUUUGGAGACAUAUCAAAAGAACAAAUACAAAUGUACAUACAAUCAGGAGAACCUAUGGAUAAAGCAGGAGCAUACGGUGUACAAGGACUUGGUGGGUGUUUAGUUGAAAAAAUUAAUGGUGAUUUUUAUUGUGUAAUGGGAAUGCCUUUAUACGCGACGACAAAACGUUUAAAUGAACUUUUUUCGAAUAAUACAUAAUACAUACAAAAUGUAGUUAACUUUUGUAAUAAAUAUUAAAUAAUCUAUUUUGUAAUAAAUGUUUAUAAGACAAAUGGUUCACACA